AUGGGCCAGGGCCAGAGAAGGGGGCAGGAGGCUGGAAAGAAGGAUGAAGAAGAGACCCAGAGCCUCCGAGCCUGUGACUGCCUUUCAGGCAGCAGAGGAUGGAAGACCAAGAUAUCACCAUCGGCAAAGGGAACGUCCAGGCCUCCACAGAAGCCUCAAAGACUGCUCGCAUGAGACCCAGGAGAGGAGCAGGCCGGGAGGACGCAGGGGAGGAGGCCGCAGCAGCGCGUACCCUGCUGACCCAGACAGAAGCAGCAGCGGCCACAGCCACGGGCUGAGCAGCCCUCCCAGGGCGCGAGGGAGUUCAAGGGCCUUGCAGCCACCCGUAUAGUACAGACAGGCCCAAGUACAAAAGCCUUUCCAGCUUCCUUCCCGCGAGGCGGCUUUGCAGGCAAGAACCUGCUACCCCUGACACCCGGGCAACUGGCAGCGUUCCAGGAUGUCUUCAAACUGUUCAGCUCCAGCCCGACAGGCACCAUGGACAUGCGCAAGAAAGCUGCCCAGUGCCAUGUGGGUGUCCAGCUGAGCCCGCAGGAGAUGUGUGAGGUUCUGCGGCAGGCAGACUUGGAUGGUGAUGGAACCGUAAGCUUCAAAGACUUCCUGGGUGUCCUCACUGACAGCCACCGACUCGCUCAGUGCUUGGGCAAGGUGAGGAACAGCCGGGUCUGUGGUCCCCAGGGCUUGCAAACCCUGUUCUUAGAGAUGCUGUUCAAGUUGAUGAGUCUGGGCUUUGUGCCCUUCAAGUCGGUACAGGAGGUGAUGAGCUACUACUACAAGAAGCAGCGGUCUCUGCGGCUGAACUCGAACUGGAAGGGCGGGUCCGGCGACCACGGCCGCACCUCGCGCUCUCAGGCGGGCCUCGCGAUCUUCUGCCUGGCCGCGCACCUUAGCGGCCUUUCCAGUGCCGAGCUGGCGUGCGCGCUGCAUGGACUGCACAAAGCGGGUGCGCGCAGCGCCUACUCCCAGAUACCUAACCUGAACGGGCGGACGCAGUCAGAAUUCCACACGCGGAACCGAACCCCGCGCCCAGACGUCCGACUUCCCAAGUCCUACCAGCCCAGCCAACCCAAGCGCCGGCCCAACCGUGGGCUGCUCAGCCAAGGGUUCGUGGGCCAGACGCUAGGGUAUACGCGCCCUUCGAAGCUGGCUCCCUCCCCCCCAACUCUAGUGCAGAAGCAGCCCUUCUCCUUUCCAGCCUGUUUGCAGAGACCUGCUAUGAAGAACUUGUACAAGUAA